GUUGCUUCGCCUAUUCAGCUACUGCCUUACCGACAGUCUCACUGCAGACGGUAAUAUCAUGGUGACACUCCCUCAAUGACCAUCUCCUGCGUCAGCGCGUAUGAUGUACCUGCUCUACAAGACGAUAGCUAGAGCGACAAUACCGCCGUUACCUAUAUUGUCGCCCGAUGCUGAUCUUUCCGACGAUGCCGACAACCACAGCAUAGGUGCCGUCAUUGUGGCAUCUGUGGUGCCAAUCACGAUCAUUUCCACGCUCUUCGCCUUCGCGCGACUUUUUGUCAAGGGAUGGAUCCAACGACGAAUUCAGUACGAUGAUGGAAUUCUCUUGCUGGCCGUGGCUUCGGGCUGGACUGCGACGGGAACCACGCUCAAGGCUGUGGCUCUGGGGAAUGGCAAGCACGUUGCCACCCUCACCGACGAGCAAAAAGAAGAAGCCCUUAGAUGGACAGCGAUGGCCUUUGCCUUUGGGAUUGUCGCCCUGGCACUACCGAAGCUUGCCAUCGUGGCCCUGAUAAACCGAAUCCUCAACCCGAAACGGCUUCACCGCUUCUUCCUCUGGUCGCUAGUGUUGCUGUGUGCCGUCGGGCUGUUGGGAAACGUUGUCGGUCUUUUCGCGCAGUGUCCACAAGAAGCAGUAGUGCAAAUCACAUUUACAAGGACGGCAUGCCUUGGCCCGGAAAGGGCGGUUGCCUAUUCGAUAUCUACCAGUGUUUCCCCCACAACAGCAAUCUCAGCUGCUACGAACGGAUACCUUGCCGUUUAUGUUGCGUUUUCCGUUCGGAGGCUGAAGAUCACACGGAGGAAGAGAGUGGCGUUAGCGAUCUCAUUGGUACUGGGUCUGCUGGCACUAUUCACCGCCCUUUUCAAAUGUACGAGACUGAAGUCUCUGGGAAGCCCUGAUUUCACUUACGACUCUGCAGAUCUCGUCAUUUGGACAAGGUAA